AUGAAGCUGCAGAUCGACGAGGAGGCGGCAAAGACGUUCAUCUACCCCACAAACAAGGAGCUGCGCGACUACCAGUUCAACAUCGUCAAGCGCGCCCUCUUCUCCAACACGCUCGUCGCGCUGCCGACGGGUUUGGGCAAGACGUUCAUCGCCGCAGUUGUGAUCCUCAACUACUUCAACUGGUUCCCCCAGGGCAAGAUCAUCUUUGUCGCGCCCACGCGGCCGCUCGUGUCACAGCAGCAGAUGGCCUGCCACGGCAUCUGCGGCCUGCCGUGGGACGUCGCGGUGGAGAUGACCGGCGCGACACGAGCUGCUCUGCGUGGCGAUGAGUGGGAGUCCAAGCGCAUCUUCUACAUGACGCCGCAGUGCUUCCAGAACGACCUUGCCGGCUCGGUCAUCGAUGCCCGCGACGUGUGCUGCGUCGUCGUCGACGAGGCACAUCGCGCGACUGGCGGCUACGCCUACGGCAACGUCAUCCGCUAUCUCACGCAGCGCAACCCGUACUUUCGCGUGCUCGCGCUGUCGGCGACGCCGGGCAACAAGGCAGAGAAAGUGCAGGAGGUCGUCGACAACCUGCACAUCAGCAACAUCGAGAUCCGCACGGAGGACGCGCUCGACAUUCGCAAAUACGUCCACAAGAAGCUGGAGAUGCCCGUCGUCGUGCCGCUCGGCGGCGAGGUCAGAGAGGUGCAGCAGCUCUGGGGCAAGAUGAUGAUGCCGGCGCACAAGGCGCACCUCGUGCACACGGCUGAUCCGACGAUGGUGCACCCGUUCGCGGUGCGGCAGUCGCUGCGCGACCCCAAGCACCGGCGCUUCCUCUCCGAGAACAAGCACUUCUACAGCAAGCUCAACGAGCUCGCGUCGAUGGCGCAGGCGAUGCAGUACCUCACCGAGCACUCCGUCGGCAUGUUCCACACGCGGCUGCUGGAGUACGAGGGCUCGAAGAACGUCGAGAAGGGCGGCAAGGUCGCCGCGAGCAAGAAGAAGACGAUGAUGUCCGACGCCAACGCCGACUACCGCAAGAUCAAGGUGCUGCUCGAGAAGCUCACGAUCCGCGACGGGCGCUUCUCGCACCCCAAGAUGUGGUACCUGCGCGACGCCGUCACGGCGCACUUUGCCGGCGAGCGCGAGCAGGGCCGUGAGACGCGCGUGAUGGUCUUCUGCUCCUGGCGCGAGUGCGUCACGGAGAUCGUCGACUACCUCAACGACCAGGACGGGACAGACAUCCGCGCGACGCAGUUCAUUGGCCAGUCGGCGGACCGGCAGGGCCGCAAGGGCUUCAAGCAGAGCGACCAGGAGCUGGUCAUUCACCAGUUCAAGAAGGGCUUCUUCAACGUCAUCGUCGCGACGUCGAUCGGCGAGGAGGGCCUGGACAUUGGCGAGAUCGACCUGAUCGUGUGCUACGAGGCUGUCAAGGACUCCGUCCGCAUGCUGCAGCGCGUCGGCCGCACGGGACGCAAGCGCGACGGCAAGAUCAUCGUGCUCAUGUCCGAGGGCCGCGAAGAGAAGCUCUGGCAGCAGUCGAAGGACAACUACAAGGCCGUGCAGCAGGGCAUCACCACGGGCCUGCAUCUCGAGCUCUUUGACGACGUGCCGCGCCUGGUGCCGCAGCAUAUCACCCCG